ACGACUCUCUCAUCAACUCAUAAUAUAUAUAUUUCCUUGCUAUAUUCUUCACUUAUAACUUUCUGUUUAGAAUUUUUUCACAUUUUCUUUUGAAAAAAGGAAAAAAAAAUGGUUUCCAUUAAAAGUAAUACUCUUGUUUCGUUUUUGGCUUUUCUUGUGAUUUUUGUUUUUAUCAGUUUUUGUGAAGCAAAAGAGUUUGUUGUGGAUGGCAAAGCAAAUUCUUGGAAAAUCCCUUCUUCACCUGAUGAAUUUAAUAAAUGGGCUGAGAAAACUCGUUUUCAGAUCGGUGAUUAUCUUGUUUUGAAGUAUGAUCCAAACUCAGACUCAGUACUACAAGUGAAUGAAGAAGACUACAAAAAUUGCAACAAAGCAAAUCCCCUUAAAUCAUAUCAAGAUGGAGAAACCAAGAUUUUGCUUAAUAAAUCAAGUCCAUUUUUCUUCAUUAGUGGAGCUAAUGGCCAUUGUGAAAAGGGACAAAAACUUGAGGUCAAAGUCUUGUCUCCUCAACAUAGUUCUAAGGCUCAUUCUCCGGCCCUCGCUCAGACUCCAGUUACUCACACUCCAGUCGAAAUUCUACCUCCGGCACCGGCUCCGGCUAGUGGAAGUUCCGGCAUGAAAUUUGGGAUUAUUGGAGGUUUCAUUGUUAUGCUAGGAAGUUUUAUUGUUCUUGCUUAGGGUUUUUAGACUUAGGUUUUAGAUUUUAGGGGUUUUUUAAAUCUUGUAGUGCAUGACUCAUUUGUGACAUUAUGUUCGUGUUUUUUUAA